ACUCAAUGCUCCACCGUGGGUCGAAAGCAGCAAACGCAAUAUUUUCCUCGUCCAGUUCGGUCGUGAUACGUGAUAUUCUGCUUUUGUGGGUGCAAGUGACUGCUACUACACAACAAUGACGUAGAGCAAAAGUGUUGUGCUUUCUUCCGAUGGCUCCUGUUGCCGAUAGUGUUUGGCCACGUACGUGCUUUCCCGCGAGCUUGACACGGUAGCAUACCGGAUCGUUGCCUGGGCCAACUUUAGACGGCGCCUAAUCCGUCUUGCCAUUGACUCGAUCAAUUUCAAACGGUACCCACGAGCGAAAGGCAACCUAGCCGUGGUCGAAGACGGCCGGUUAGGUUUUGUGUAGCGGAACGUUGGAUUAACAGAAGAGGAAGAAGAAGAAGGAAAAGACGGACUUACCAUGAGCUGGCUACGGUCGAGCCCGCUGCGACAAAGCUUCACCAAAUCCGGCCACUCCGGAAAUGCCAGCUCCCGUUCCGGUGCCGGUGGCAGCGGCGGCGGGAUGGCGGGGAUCCGGCCGUUCGACGCAACGGACUGUGACCCGAAAGCAUGCUACGACAGUUUCUGCAUCCACUGGCAGCAGGCGUACGAAAUAAUCUUACGAUCAGAGAACUAUCGAAGUCAAUCGCACGACGACGUGCUCGGCGUGGUGACUCAUCUGGAUCAUAUGGUGACGCUUCUGCUGAUGGAGCUGCAUCACUGCAACAAGCUCAGCCUGCCCGGCCAGACGGCACCCCCCGCGCCGUGUCUGGAGCACCUCCUUAGCGAGAACCUGCUCGACAAGCUGUACGAGUGGGGCAUUAAAACUGGAAGAUAUGCCAAUGCCGUCCGGUUGGAGCAGCUGAAGCUUUACGAGCAACUGGUCAGCCACUCGCGUCACCAGCUGCUGGUGCACGAACCGUUCCUCAGGCCGCUGCUGAAGCUGCUGGCCUCGAGCCAGAACGAAAUCUAUCCGCCCGACGUGGAGAAGCGGCUCGUGAUCCUGCUCAACCAACUGUGCGUGGUGCUGAUGCAGAACGUGCACCUUCUCGACCUGUUCUUCUUCUCCACCACGCAAACGCAAACCCACAGCCAGCAGACCAGCAACGGCGGCCACACGAAUUUCAUCAUCUUCUCGCUGCUGAUUCCGUACGUGCACCGGGAGGGGUCACUGGGUCAUCAGGCGCGCGACGCACUGCUCCUCUGCAUGGCGCUCUCGCAAAAGAACUCGAACGUCGGCACGUACAUCGCGACCUACUCGUCGAUCUGUCCGGUCCUGGUAACCGGGCUCGGUGGGCUCUACUCGCGGUUGCCGAACCAGAUUGAAAUCAAAACCGUCGACUGGUAUCGCAUCACGACCGACGACGUGACCGAGCUGCCCGAGCUAACGCUGUUCAUGAACUCGCUGGAGUUCUGCAAUGCCGUCGUCCAGGUCGCCCACUCGAUGAUACGCCAGCAGCUGCUCGACUUCCUCUACCAAGGCUUUCUGGUGCCGGUGCUCGGUCCGGCCAUACUGCAGACAUUUAAAGGGCAAGGUCAAUUCCAGACGAACGUCGAGUCGCAGGUGUCGGCGAUGGCGUACUUCGAUCUGAUCGUACGGUCCAUCACCGAGCCGGGGCUGAUACAGCUCGUCGUUCGCUUCCUGCUCGACGAGGAAAAGUUUGACGGCCAGCGGAUACUGGAUGUACUCGUGGAGCGCUUGAACAGCAACGAUUCAAGGCUGUGCAUGGUCACCCUGUCGCUGUUCGAUAGUCUCCUAAGCCUCAACUGUGAGGACAUCAUGCUGGAGCUGAUGCUGAAGUAUUUGCUGCACUGCAAGCACGUCCCGAUAUCGCACCGGUACAAGAUCAACCGGGUCGAUCCGUACACGCAGGCGGUCGAGUACUUCCUCAACAUUACACCGGACAUCAUGCGGAAGGUGAACAGCGUGCUGAGUAUUAACAAUAAUAACAACACCAAUGGCCUCGGGGCAAGCCAAAGCAGCGGUGCCAGUCAACGUGUUAUCACCACCAACACCACCACCCCUGCCCCAACGAGUGCCAACGGGUUAAACGGUGGUGCUGGGGUCAACAUGAACGUUAGCAAAACGAUCGGUGCCAACUGGAACCACUACGGGUUGAACACGACGACCGGCGAAACGCUGCUGGCCAACUACCAAGCGUACCUGCUCGAUGCACGCACGCGCAUCGCCCAAUGCAAACAUGCCUGUGAUCAGUGGAACAACGUGUACCGUUACCAAAAACUAAGCAAAGCGAACUUUGUCUCUUCCUCCGGUUCCGGUCCCGCGGGGUCCCCGAACGGUGGUAGCGUUGGCAACAGCCUCGAGAACGCCGAAGAUGUCCGCACACUGAAGGUGCAGAUGAUAAAAUCUUUUUUGAGCGAAUUUUCGUCCGAUUCCGGAACCUUCGGCUCGAUCGUGGGCGACCAGCCGGUUGGCGUUGGCACGGGUACCACUUCCAAUGCGAGCAUGUUUGGUGGGGCCGGCUUAGUGGCGGCCACCGCAAGCGGUGGUAAGCAACUGGACAGUCUCCAAUCGAUCGGUGACAGCAGUGGGUACGAAAGUUUGAACGUAUUCUCUCAGUCUACGAGUGAGCAGUUACCGGCAGCGCUGGUCCUACCUCCGGAACCGAAGCAUCAGCGGGUCGACACGUGGAAGAUAUCGAACGUGCGCGAAGAACCCAUCGGUGAUCUCGAUCUAUCUGAGGAUCUCUUCGCACAGGGGACGGUCAGUUUAGGUCCCUUCCUUACCGCCAUCUGGGGAAAGCUGCAAACCUUCACGAGUAACUGCAUGUACGUGAACCUCCAUCUGACGGGGUUGAUAAGUCACCUGACACUGUUUCCGCUACCACUGCUGCACUCGAUUCUACUGCGGCCCGAUAUACCGACGACCUCCGAUACGCCUUCCUUUCACCAGGUGCUGAAAAUAUUGAAGCAACAAAUCGAUGCCGAACUACCGGACACGGACGAAUCGCUCGAGAUUGCCGACGUGGCGCGAACCUUUCUGGUCGAUCGUGAGUUCCGGCUAGUGAACAUGCGCAAGAACGCAAUCGAGUCGGCCGCCAGCGGCGGGAAGCUGCUAAACGGGGGCGGCUCGUCGAUGACUUCCAGCCUCUCGCAAACCACUCCCAUGCAGCUGACCCCCAGCUCGUCCUACGAUCCGUUCAAGCGGCAGGACAGCAAACGUAAAAGCAUAACCAACUCAUUUUCGAACAUUUUCCGUCGUCCCGGGUCUGUCGCUUCAUCGGGUUUAGCACAAAUAGUUGAAUUUUUUACCGGCUCGAGCAACGGUAACGGAUUGAACCAUUCGCCGAACGGAAGGCACCCGCAGUCACUCACAGCGGGAUCAUCGACGAACUUCUCCGGACACCAGCAGCAGCAACCGUUAUCAACCCCAGGGGGAACUGGCACCUCCGGCACCGGAGGAGGAGGUGGAUACCAUCCGCCGACGAGCGGUCUGCUGGUCAGUGGAGGUGGCCGACGCGAGUCACGUGAAGCGGAAACCCAAUUCAUGUCGUUCGAGACACCUUCGAAUGCUCCGGCUGCUGUGGCCCCGGUUCAUCAUUCCUCCUCCGGAAUGGUUCCGGCAGCGACCGGUGGUAACAACGAGUUGCACUUGCAUGGCAAUAGCCUCGAGCACCAUUCGAGUCUGGUCAACUACAGUGUGGGUGCUAGCGAGCGACAGCUAAAUCUCGCCAUCGGGGCCGUCCUGCUGGACGAAUGGCUUCGCGAACUGUCCGCCAUUACGCAGGAACAGUGCAUCAUGAUGCUCUCGGAGCAGGUACAACAUCAGCAGCGUAUGGGCGGGGUUCAGCAACGGACCAGCUAAAAUAUCCCACAAACAAACAAAAGAAGUCCGGUGCAAAGCGGAACGAUAACUUCCGACUAACGAUCGAUUAGCAUAAGUAACUUUUCCCGAUAAACGAAAAGCUUGUGAUGUAAUUAAGUAACAAAGUUUGGGAACCUGUAGCCCCCUUUUCUUUUAUAGAUCCGUUUUACUUUACCUCCCAGCCUGUGUGUUAGUUCAAUUGUCAUGCUGUGAGAACGUCUUUUGCUUGAGUUUGAGUUCUGAGGCGGGCGCGAUCGUUUUCGAAACGAUUUAGAUAGGUGAAAGUUAAAUUAUAUACGGAUGAUUCGCUUCCGUUUUGUUUUAUAAAUAUAUAAACAAUAAUUAUGUAGCUAUCUAUAUUUUAACGAUUAUCAUCGUCGCUACUACAACGAAGGUAGGAUGUGUAGAGUAAGUUUGCUUUUGUGCGAUCCUUUCCUUUUGAAGCGUACAUCCCUUUUGGUUUCCUGCUUUACUGUUUUAAACAUUUAACGUAAAUUUGUGCGUUUGUCCAUCUUUUUAAACCCCUACUGUACGAUAUUCAACCGUACGCCCGCGUGUACGAUCAAACCCUAAGGCCAAACGACACAAAUGCGACAAGGAACCGGUUGCUUCAAGAAGCUAUCGGUGCGAGCAGGUGAAAGUUACUUCUUGAGUGAUGCGAAUUUAUAUCUUUUUAUCGUAUGUUGACCCCCAUUGAGCGUGUAUAAUCGAUAUGUAACCGCUUACUAAACUAACUAGCUAAAUAUCGAACAAAGAAAAGAACAAAUGGAACAAAUGAAGUCGACGUAAUUUGAGCAUGAAGAUAAUAUAUACAACUAUUUAACGUACUGUAGCAAUUUUCGACCCCAAUGGCUUUUCGCGAGGAUUGGUGAGAUAAAAAAUACAAUGGAAAAUCUAACCUAGUGUACAUGAAGCGAAGAUUGUGGAGUUGUUUUUUUUUAUGUAAGAUAUAUACUAUUAUAUUGUUUGAUUUAUCGAAGUAAAUUACCUGAAAGAAAGUUGUUAAUGUUGUGAA